AUGGCGUCCCGUGCCCUCUGUGUGUGUGUCCGCGCGGCGCUGCGCCCCCUCCCCCGGCGUCCUGUGGCGGCCGUGAGCGGAUCCCUGUGCCGGCAGCGCUCCACCCUGACUAGACCUGCAGAGCCGGCCCCGCUCCUCAACACACAGGUCUCCGGUUACUUAUUUCAGUCAUGUCGUCAGUACAGCGAUAUGCCUCCCCUAACCUUGGAAGGCAUUGCAGAACGAGUUUUAUAUGUAUUGAAACUGUACGAUAAGGUGGACCCAGAAAAGCUCACCGUCAACUCCCAUUUCAUGAAAGACCUGGGACUGGAUAGUUUGGACCAAGUUGAAAUAAUCAUGGCAAUGGAAGAUGAGUUUGGUUUCGAGAUCCCAGACGGUGACGGUGAGAAGUUGAUGACCCCACAGAGAUAGUAGAUUACAUUGCAGAUAAGCAGGAUGUAUAUGAAUGA